AUGAGCGGAGCUGACUACAUAAAUACAAUAACCGAAAAUGCUUCGCGUUUACGGAUGCGGGUGCAGGAAUCCCUCUCUGAGCAUACUAGAGAUAUAUCUGUCACUCGCCUCAACUCCGCCUACUUCGAUUUGACGGAAGACAAAAUUAAAAAUCUACGGAAGCAGCUGGACUCAAAUAGUGACCGGGAGAAACUCGAUGCUAUGAAAAGGCUGAUAGCGCUCAUUUCUAAAGGUCGGAACGUAUCGGAGUAUUUUGCACAAGUUGUCAAAAACGUUGCCUCGCCCAGCCUUGAAAUCAGGAAGCUCGUGUACAUCUAUCUUCUUCGUUACGCCGAGCAGGAUCCCGAUCUUGCUCUUUUGUCCAUCAACACCUUCCAGAAAGAUCUUUCAGACAGCAACCCUCUUAUAAGAGCCAUGGCUUUACGAGUCCUGAGUGGAAUACGAGUACCGAUGAUCGGGAAUGUGGUCCUCAUGGCCAUAAAGAAAUGUUCUGCUGAUGUGAGCCCGUAUGUGAGGAAGGUCGCAGCACUAGCCGCCUGCAAAGCUUAUGACCUAGACGAUAGCCAUCUACCCUCACUCAUUGAAAUCAUCACCAAUCUUCUUCGAGAUCGCUCUCCGUUGUCCAUAGGAAGCGUUUCCAUAGCCUUUCAGUACGUCUGCCCCACCCGUCUUGAUCUACUACACCAACAUUAUCGACGGCUGUGCCGAAUAUUAGUCGACGUAGAUGAGUGGGGGCAGGUCGACCUUUUGGGACUUCUGUUACGCUAUGCCAGAACCAUGCUACCGCGGCCGAUAGAGACCCCGAAUGGAGAAGAUGUUAAUUCAGACAUAAAGCUUCUUCUGAAUUCUGCUCAACCUCUUUUCCAGAGUCGUAAUUCUGCUGUCGUACUAGCUGCCACACGCGUUUUCUGGUGUGUUGGACUCCCUACAGAGCAUCGCCAAUUUGUCCAGCCUCUCCUUCGUCUCCUUCAAACGUCUCAAGAGGUUGAACGUGUGGUCCUGACGUAUAUCCUCGUCAUUGCACGUACAGCUAAUACUCUUUUUACUAGCUAUUACUCUCGCUUUUACCUCUAUUCGGAGGAUAUUACUGUUACAAAGAGGAUGAAAAUUGCGAUGCUUCUUCAGCUGCUCCAAUACGACAACCACCAGGCCAUUCUGCGCGAACUCAUUGACUACGCCGACGAUGCGUCCGAUGAGGUCGUUUCGGACAGUAUCAAGGCUAUCGGGCGGUGUGCCAUCUUGAUUCCAGAAUGCAUGCAACAAUGUCUCACGGCGCUCAUCGGGAUGAUUAAAACUGAAUAUGACACCGUGGUUAGCAGUGCUGUCCUUGUCCUCAAGACCCUUGUACAACGACGGCUGUUCACUACCUCAAACUCAAACCCUCAUGGGGGUUCAUCAAAUGUGGCUUUGGCUAUCAUUUCUGAACUAGCACACAAAAUUGACGACAUUCGGCACCCCAACGCCCGAGCCUGCAUCGUUUGGCUCGUCGGUGAAUAUUCUGCUUCCAACGAAUCGAGUGGAGGUCCCUCUGGCGUCACUUCUUGGGCACCAGAUGUACUCAGAAAGACCGCGAAAUCUUUCAGCACCGAGGCCCCGUCUGUCAGGCUGCAGAUCGUGAUUCUUGCUGCGAAACUGGUCGUCCUUUGUCCAGAUGAGCCAAGGCUUCAGCUUCUUGGUCGUUACGUUUUUUCCCUCGCUCGCUAUGACCUGGACUACGAUGUACGAGAUCGUGGGCGAAUGAUAUCGUCUCUUGUCAGAGGUGUUUUGCCAUCAGGAACGAACAGCGUUGACGAGGAGGAAGAUAGAGGAGGUGUUGUUUUGCGGAUAGAACAAAUCAAGCUGGUCCUGUUCGGUGGCAAAGCCCCAGUGGUUGACGAGGACGACGCUUGUUCCCAAAAUCAAGCAAUGGGUACGAUUGGCUCGUUGGGAAUAGUGACCGGUAAGUUGUUGGCGCCAGAGUCGAUAUUACCGGAUUGGCUUGAGCAAGGAGUCGAACCUUCGUUAAGGGACUCUCCGGAGGAUGCUCUUCCGCCUCCGACGCCCGUGCCGUUGUCAAUUUCUUCACGUCCGUCUCCGGUGGUCCUUACUCCGGCCCACGGAUCGUCGCCGACCGGAAGCGGUCCGAAAAGCGUGGGUGGUGCCAAAGGCGUCUGGACUGACUUGGACAAGUUCUACGAUACAGACGAAGAGGACAGCGAAAGCGAGGACGACGACGAAAGUGAGGGCGAGGAAGAGGAAGAUAGUGAGGAUAGUAAGGAUAUCGAUGGCCAAUCAUAA